AUGUUCCGGUCUCUGCUGCCGCGAGCGACGCCGCGGACUGUCCUCCGCACCGCCACACCCCAGGUCGUCCCUUCGAACUUCGUCCCUGCCCCGUCUCUUGCUUUCCUGGGACGCUCAAAACGAGGAUAUGCGUCGUCGACUGAGCACGACGUUGUUAUAAUAGGCGGUGGUGUCGCAGGAUAUGUUGCUGCGAUCAAGGCCGGGCAAGAAGGUCUGAAGACCGCCUGUAUCGAGAAGCGAGGCACUCUCGGCGGAACUUGCCUCAACGUCGGAUGCAUUCCUUCGAAAUCGCUCUUGAACAACUCGCAUCUCUACCAUCAGAUCCUCCAUGAUACCCAGAAGCGCGGUAUCGAAGUUGGCGACGUGAAACUCAAUCUGGCACAGAUGAUGAAGGCAAAAGAUGCUUCUGUGGAGAGUCUCACCAAGGGUAUCGAGUUUUUGUUCAAGAAGAACGGUGUGGAUUACAUCAAGGGAACUGGUUCCUUUAUCAACGACCACGAGAUUAAGGUGAACCUGCUGGACGGCGGUGAGACGACCUUGAAGGGAAAGAACAUCAUCAUCGCCACCGGAAGUGAGGCUACUCCAUUCCCGGGUCUGAAGAUUGACGAGGAGAGAAUUGUCACCAGCACUGGUGCUCUGUCCCUGAAGGAGGUGCCGAAGAAGAUGCCGUUGAAUCUCUCUGGUCAAGUUGCUAACUUCCAAAAGGCUUCCGUCUGGUCGCGUCUUGGCGCUGAAGUGACUGUGGUCGAGUACCUGAACCAGAUCGGUGGACCCGGCAUGGACGCAGAGAUUUCCAAGCAGGCCCAGAAGAUUCUCCAGAAGCAGGGCAUCAAGUUCCUGACCGGCACCAAGGUUCUGAGUGGUGAUGACAGCGGGUCGACGAUCGCUCUCAACGUCGAGGCCGCAAAGGGCGGCAAGCAGCAGACUUUGGACGCCGACGUUGUUCUGGUCGCCAUUGGCCGUCGCCCGUACACUGCUGGCUUGGGAUUGGAGAACGUCGGUCUGGAUGUGGACGAGAAGGGCCGCCUGGUGAUCGACCAGGAAUACCGGACCAAGAAGCCUCACAUCCGUGUGAUCGGUGACUGCACUUUCGGCCCCAUGCUGGCUCACAAGGCCGAGGAGGAGGCCGUCGCUGCGAUUGAAUACAUCACGAAGGGCUACGGCCAUGUCAACUAUGCUGCCAUCCCUAGCGUCAUGUACACACACCCCGAGGUCGCGUGGGUUGGCCAGAACGAGGCGGACGUGAAGGCGUCGGGCGUCAAGUACCGUGUGGGCACCUUCCCCUUCAGCGCCAACUCGCGUGCGAAGACGAAUCUGGAGACCGAGGGUCUGGUGAAAUUCAUUUCUGAUGCCGAGACCGACCGCAUUCUGGGUGUGCACAUCAUCGGGCCGAACGCCGGUGAGAUGAUCGCUGAGGCGACGUUGGCCGUCGAGUAUGGCGCCUCGAGCGAGGACGUUGCCCGGACGUGUCACGCCCACCCGACUCUGGCAGAGGCCUUCAAGGAGGCUGCUAUGGCCACGUACUCGAAAGCGAUCCACUUCUAG